AUGACCAAAUUGGCUCACAAUUCUGCUGAGUCAGAAAAUAACACCCAAUGGCCUGAUCCUAAUGCUCGGCAACUUGACCAACACGAGAACAUUCACGUCAACCUUUCCGAUCCCCACGAAUCUCUCAAAAUGAGUCUCGUUAACCGCAAGAAUAACGUUCCCGACCUCCAGCGCAUGUACCAGGCAGCGUACGCGCAACAUACUCGUAUCUGGAAGAUUAAUCCUAGAGCCGCUGCCUCCCUCUACGGCAUGGGCCGCAAGGCCGCCGGUUACAAUACUUGGUUUAGCAGCAAUUAG